AUGUCGUCGUCCCAAGCUUCGGAGCCAGAAACUGGGCCUUAUCAAAAUACGAACACUGACUACUUCACCAGGCCUUUUGACACUCAACAUGAGGUCAAGGACCAAGACGCCACUCCAAAGCCCUUUACAGAUGCAUGGAGAUUUACACCUUCACUCAUGGAUCCCAACUCGUUUGCUUUCUCGGCCUUUGCCAACCAGCCGCCUGGCUACUAUACGCCCACUCCAGGCGGCUACGGCACGUUAUAUCACCCUCAAGCAGGCGACCUUCACACGCCUGGAAUGGGCAUGAACACUCCACUAUCCAUCCCUCACUCCAUCCAUGGACUGCACGCCCACGAUGCCCUCGCCCAAUUUCAACAUUUCAACCCCCAGUUUCUGCAUCAACCACAUCCUUUCCAGGAACAUUUCCCCCAGCCCCAGCCGCAGCAUCAAAUGCCUCAGCAGCAGGCUCAAACUUUCGCCCCUCAACAGUUCCUACAGCACCAGGAUUCUGGGUACGUGGCCAUGGACGAUUCUCCCCACAAAACAGCCCCCACACACGUCGACGUGGGCAUUGUUCCGUCGUCUAUAAGCCAAAGCAUACAGUCUUCUGUGACGGGGGCCAUCGGCCUGCAAACAUUACCGAUGGGGGAGAAGUCAGUAUUUGACAUAGAACAAAAUGGCCACGCUGACAGCGGUGGCAGGUUCCGUUUCCAUACGACUCUAAAUGCCCCGACUGCAAUGACUCGACACUCGGACGAGAUUCCCAUCACUUAUCUCAAUAAAGGCCAAGCGUACACCAUGUCAAUCUUUGAUACAACCCCCCCCGUGCCCCAACCCAACACAGUCUUGAAGUAUCGCACUUAUGUCCGAGUCUCAUUUGAAGACAAACAACAAAGAGCACGGCCCGGCGCUUGUUGGCAACUCUGGAAAGAAGGCCGUGGAUCCAACGAGGCCCAUCAACGAGGUGGCAGAUUACUUGCAGUCGAAUAUGUGGAUCCGAAUCAGGGAGGAGACGACGAGCUGCGCAAAUCGCAAAUCCAACUGGAAAAGGCUUCAUUUGAUGGGUUUGCGGUAACUUGGUACCCAAACUCUAUAAAUGCGGGUCCCGAUUGCUCUAUAUCGAUCCGGUUCAACUUCCUUUCCACCGACUUCAGCCACUCUAAAGGGGUUAAGGGUAUUCCCGUUCGACUAUGUGCCAAGACAGAAUUGGUGACGGCGGAUCCCAUGUCUUCUGCGGAACCCGAAGUCUGUUUUUCAAAGGUCAAGUUAUUCCGGGAUCACGGUGCAGAACGAAAGCUUUCCAAUGAUGUUGCCCAUGUCAAGAAGACCAUCGAAAAGCUCAAACAGCAAAUUGCUCAAGCCGAGGCCGGCCUUGGAAAUGCCGGAAAGAGGAGGCGAAGUGGUUCAAUGGCCAGAACGUCGUCCUCUAGGCCGGGAAAGGUUGUGAAGCACAAACGAACCUGGUCUGUUGAUUCUGAAGGAGAAGGCACCAAAUUCUCUGCAGAAGAAGACCUCCAGAUGAAACUCGUGAACAUGCAAGACAUGUUCUCCUCAACACAACCCGUCAGUGUUCUUUUCCUACGCGGCGAUCCUGAAGAUGACCCGGAUCUUCAUCCCGUAAAACUGCCGGGAGACGACCCGGAAAUGAAGGAACUUGUACGCACUACCACUUGGGAAUCUCGUCAAAGCGUAUCUGACUCACCGCCUUCCAAUAUGGUUUCACCAUCUGCGAGCUCAGCAUCCCAAACCACUCCGAAGCGGAAGUUUUCAGAUAUGCGGAAAUCGACCAUACUGGAAGAACAGGAGAGCGACAAUGACAUUGCACCGACUACAAGCGGAGCUGCGUCAAGACCAAUCAAGGUACCGAAAACGGAGGUCGAAUCGAAAUCCGACCUCUUUGCCCUGGACGUAGACAGCAGCUACCAGCCCCCAUCAGAGAGACCUAUACGGCCAAUUGCAUGCUUUUACGUGCGACAGAAGGAUGCCGCCAAAGAAUACUACCGCGCGGUGUAUCUGAUGCAACGAACAGUCAAGGAUCUGGUCAACAGCAUAUCUCAAAAAUUUGAUAUUGACCCCCACCGUGUCACCCAAGUGACACAUGUCAAUUCUCGAGGACUUCAUAUCAUUGUUGACGAAGAUGUGGUUCGAGAACUACCGGAAGGUCAAGACAUGAUUGUUGAAUUAUCACCGGCGGCGCAACAUGAUCAGCAGCUCAAACAAGAAUUUCUUCAACCCGCAGUCACGGAGGUCAUGGUCGACGGUGACAUCCUGCCUUCCGAAAUUGUUAUAUCGGACCCUCUGGAAAUGUGGCUGAAUUACUGA